UGACUCUGGAGUUUGGGCAACUGAUGGUUGUACUGCAACACGUCAAGGAGACAGGGUGAAGUGUCACUGUAACCACCUGACAAACUUUGGUAUUCUCAUGAGUCCUUUUGGUGAAACUCCUCUAAAAGACUGGUUUAUCUUAAGCAUUAUAUCAGCCGUGGGAUGUGGUAUAUCCAUUUUCUGCCUAGUGUUGACUGUCGCUGUGUACAUCUUUUUGUGGAAGUAUGUGACGUGUGAUCGGUCAGUUCUCCAUGUAAACUUGAGUAUCUGUCUCAUCGUGGCCUACACACUCUUCCUGGCUGGAGUGGACAGAACGGACAGUCGGUACGGAUGUAAAGUCGUAGCAGCUCUACUCCAUUACAUCUACCUGGUCGUGUUCUGCCUUAUGUUGAGCGAGGGAGUUGAGAUCUUCAGAUCUGUCAGUUUGGUCUUUUCUUCCAAGUCCAUUUUGUGGAAGUUACUUCUGUUUUCAUACGGUGUGCCUAUGAUCAUCGUUGCUGUUUCGCUGGGAGUUACCAAGGCGGAAGGAUAUGGCACCAAAACUUCCUGUUGGCUGUCCACAAGCGAUGGUCUCAUUUGGGCUUUUGUAGGCCCAGUGCUGUUCGUCUUACUGAUAAACAUGUUCAUAUUAUUUCAAGUACUGUGGAUUAUGCAGAGAUCAAAACAGAUGAUGAAUAAAACAGCUCAACAGAGAACAAAGUCAGCUUUGAGAACUGUCUGUAUACUCUCGCCAAUACUGGGUCUCACCUGGGUGUUCGGAGUUCUGUCUGUCAACGGGGACACGAUUGCCUUCCAGUAUCUGUUUGCUAUUUUGAACUCUCUUCAGGGAUUGCUGAUUUUCAUCCUUUACUGUGUAAUAGCCCAUCAGGUUCGAGACGGUUUCAAGGCCAUACAACGUAAAUAUCGCGCCAAGUCGUUUGACUCCAGUCAGGUGCUCUCACCGGUCUCAUCAAAUGGCAAACAUUCAGACUCUGAUACCAACUUAAACCGACAGAUGAAAUCUUCUCCGAUUGCUGGCAGCAGUUCUACCAUCCACACUUUGGUGUCCGACAGUGCUGCUAACGGAAACAGGAGCCAUGUACAAGCUGGCCGUGGACAGUCUGAUGACAGCAGCUUAAACAGUAGAGGUCGCCACGGACAGUCUGAGGUCAGCAGCUCAUCCAGUAGAGGUCGCUACGGACAGUCUGAGGUCAGCAGCUCAUCCAGUAGAGGUCGCUACGGACAGUCUGAGGUCAGCAGCUCAUCCAGUAGAGGUCGCUACGGUCAGUCUGAGGUCAGCAGCUCACACAUUAGAGGUCGCCAAGGACAGUCUGACCACCAACAACACGGACAGACUCAAUAUGAAAACUAUGGUUUCUAUGACGACACAGCUGACAUUGCUCACAUAAAUGGUGAACCAGUUUUAGGUAUUCAAGACAGACAGGCAUAG